CGAAAUUUACGGUAAAUCACGACGCCGGGUCUCUCUCUAACUACCAAGCGACGGUCACUCAAGUUUGAAACAAACGGUGUAUCUCGGGGCCGUCCAAACACUUGGAUAAAGUUGGACUUUUAUUGGUGGAGCCCACGGGUACGUCAGGCCGAGCUACCGGCGUGCCACCGCACUGCCGAGGAGCUGUUGCGGGGUGAACAUCACAUCAGACGGAGUGAGUCAUCCUCUCUCCCCGCCGUGAUCCACACCGUAAAUCUAAUCAUCAAUCGGCCGUUUUCACCGCCCACCACCCCGCCGCUACAACACCGCGUCCGCUUAUAUCUGACUGAAUCCACUCGCACAUACGCAACAAAGCGGAGGCGCGGAUAAAAACGUUAAAAGUGUCGUGUUUGAAUGUUAAAGGUUAGUUGUUGUUUUUUUCUCUCUCUCUUUUCAUUCACAUUUUUCCGGGGGGAGGGGGCAGUUUCCUCGUGACGUCGAUAUGGAAUACCGCCACCACGUGACUAUGACGUCGUUCGUAUUUUGGUAAGACAUCAGGAAGUGCCGGAGAAGGCGAAGACCGAAACGCGAAAGGCUGAAGUUUCACAGACGGGUUUCGCUUUAUUUAACUACCCUUUUGUGGAUUGUCCGUAAGGAUUCCAUCGUUUAACUGUUGAAUCCGCGAAGAGCCGCCUCAAGAUGCCGAUGAUCGAAAAGCAUCUCUUCAAUUUAAAGUUUGCUGCCAAAGAACUCCAAAGAAACUCCAAGAAAUGUGACAAAGAGGAGAAAAUAGAGAAGACUAAAGUCAAGAAAGCCAUCCAGAAGGGGAAUAUGGAGGUGGCGAGGAUCCAUGCAGAGAACGCCAUCAGACAGAAGAACCAGUCUGUGAACUUCCUGAGGAUGAGCGCUCGUGUAGAUGCAGUUGCAGCAAGGGUCCAAACUGCAGUUACAAUGAACCAGGUCACAAAAUCUAUGGCUGGAGUGGUGAAAGGCAUGGAUGCCACGCUGAAGAGUAUGAAUUUGGAAAAGAUUUCAGCUCUCAUGGACAAAUUUGAACACCAGUUUGAGACUCUGGAUGUUCAGACAGCCCAAAUGGAGGACACCAUGAGCAGCACAACAACACUCACGACACCACAGAAUCAAGUGGAGUCAUUGCUGCAUGAAAUGGCCGAUGAAGCAGGAUUGGACCUGAACAUGGAGCUCCCUCAGGGACAGACAGGAUCAGUGGGUACCAGCGUCGCCUCUGCAGAACAGGAUGAACUCUCUCAAAGGCUCGCCAAACUCAGAGAUCAGAUGUGAAAGAUGACUGCAGUGGACUGGCAAUAGAGCUCUAAAAACGCCUACAAUGGCCCUUUUUGAUUGUCUGUUGGUGAUGACCUCACAGAGAUUUGCAUUGUUCUUUGGACACCUCAAACUAACAGAACUGCACGAUAUGGAAUAUAUAUGUAUUUCUUAAAAAUACAUAAUCACCAAUAAAGGAGAUCUAAUUUAACUUCAUUGUUAAUUAUGUAUAGUUAAGAACUCCAUACAUAAAAAUAAUGUGGAUCGUGGCAGUUAUUACCCUGCAUAUAAUUUAUAGGCCCAUUUCAUAUACUCAUUGUGUAUAAGCUUAAGGUUUUGGAUGAUAGUGAAAGACUGACCCCCCCCCCGCCUGCUUUACUGGUGAACAGACUUCUUGUUAUGAUUUGUUGUAUUUUACUUCUGACAAAUAUUUUGAGAAGAUACUGGAUGAUUGGCCCGUGUGUUUGUCCGGUCGUCGUGGGUGAUUUCACUAAUUUUUUUUUUUUUUUGUGGGAAGGGGUUCCAGUUUGGAGAUUACAUACAGUAGGUAAAGAAUAAAGUUUUAUAAUACUUUUAUCGCUUGCCUUUUCAAUAAAUUUAUAAUUUUCAGGAA